CACACACGCAAGUAAACGGAUAUAGAAAAGUAGCCACUAAAAAACCCUAAACCAAUUCCUCCUCGCUUUCUCUCGUCGUAUCGGCCAUCUAUCCGAUCGGAAGCCAAGCCAUGGACGAAGAAUACGACGUCAUAGUUUUGGGCACGGGUCUCAAAGAGUGCAUCCUUAGCGGACUUCUCUCCGUUGACGGCCUCAAGGUUCUGCACAUGGAUAGGAAUGAUUAUUACGGUGGAGAGUCUUCUUCACUUAAUCUUAUUCAGCUCUGGAAGAGGUUCAGGGGAAAUGAUAAACCUCCUUCACAUUUGGGGUCUAGUAGGGAUUAUAAUGUGGAUAUGAUUCCCAAGUUUAUGAUGGCAAAUGGAACUCUUGUGCGUGUCCUUAUCCAUACAGACGUUACCAAAUAUUUGUAUUUCAAAGCAGUGGAUGGAAGCUUUGUGUAUAAUAAAGGAAAGGUUCACAAGGUUCCAGCUACUGACAUGGAGGCACUCAAAUCUCCCCUUAUGGGUUUAUUUGAAAAACGCCGUGCUCGCAAGUUCUUUAUAUAUGUCCAAGACUAUGUUGAAAAUGAUCCCAAAACACACGAGGGGAUGGACUUGACAAGAGUGACAACUAGAGAACUGAUAGCAAAAUAUGGGCUUGAUGACAACACUGUGGACUUUAUUGGCCAUGCAAUAGCGCUUCAUAGAGAUGAUCGCUACCUAGACGAACCAGCACUUGAUACUGUAAAAAGAAUGAAGCUUUAUUCAGAAUCUCUGGCACGCUUUCAAGGAGGAUCGCCAUAUAUUUAUCCUUUGUAUGGAUUAGGAGAGCUCCCUCAGGCGUUUGCACGGCUUAGUGCAGUUUAUGGUGGAACAUAUAUGCUGAAUAAACCUGAGUGCAAGGUAGAGUUCAAUGAGGAAGGAAAAGUUCUUGGUGUCACAUCAGAAGGGGAAACUGCUAGGUGCAAAAAAGUUGUCUGCGAUCCUUCCUACUUGCCCAACAAGGUGAGGAAGGUUGGCAAGGUUGCAAGGGCGAUUGCCAUAAUGAGUCACCCAAUCCCAAACACCAAUGAUUCUCAUUCAGUACAGGUUAUCCUACCACAGAAACAGUUGGGACGCAAAUCAGACAUGUAUCUUUUCUGUAGCUCUUACUCUCACAAUGUUGCUCCAAAGGGAAAAUUUAUUGCAUUUGUAUCAACUGAAGCAGAGACUGAUUAUCCCGAGACUGAGCUAAAGCCAGGAAUUGAUCUUCUAGGGCCCGUUGAUGAGAUAUUCUUUGAUAUUUAUGACAGAUAUGAACCAGUGAAUGAACCUUCUUUAGACAACUGCUUUAUAUCAACAAGUUAUGAUGCUACAACUCACUUUGAGUCCACAGUCUUGGAUGUUCUCAACAUGUAUACCCUUAUAACUGGGAAGGUUCUUGACCUCAGUGUGGACUUGAGCGCUGCCAGUGCUGCGGAAGAAUGAGAAGGCACGGCCUUAUAGAUUUGCAGUGAUAAUUGUGCUUUGUUAUGAGUACCAUAGAGUGUGCUUAAGUUUGAUGGUGACUUACGGACAAACUGGACUUGUCUGUAUUUUUCUCCUUUCUACAUAGGCAAAUGUUAUGUUUUAACUAUUUAAUGUACUAUUUUGAAACGUGUAGAUUCCAGUUAUCGUCUGGCUGUACUCUGGUAACUCUUAUUUCAGCUUUAGCGAUAUGUGUGUCAUAUAAAAAUAGCAAUGGGUUAUGGAUA